AUGGGAGUGGGCGAUUAUGUGCACUCAAAAGAGGCUGGCCAGCCUCGACCACGCACAACUGAAGCAUCAAACCAGUCACGGCAGGCUCUAGCCGCACAAGCAAGGGUUGACGUCCCUCCAACAAAUCUGGUGGCGCCAGUGCCCCUGCCAAUCAACAAAUCAAUUCCCCUGGAGCAUUAUUCAACACCGGCAUUUAGCGAGCAGAUGCCUCAGGCGCCCGCGGAAAAUGGCGUGCAUAGAGACAUGUUUGACACCGAUGUGGAAGGCAUCGACGACUCGACUAUUGCUGCGACAAGUGUCAUGGGUGCAGAGGAUGCUCCACUUCAAUUCCAAUUACGACCCGCCACAGUUCCUCAAUAUCAGGAGGCAGCGCCAGUAGCGGAUGAGAGGCCACUGCAUCCGUCUCGAUUGCCACGCCGUGCUUACGAUGGCAAGUGGUACGAGAAUCUUGGAGACAGCGCUAUGAAAACAGCUGGUUUCGACUCAGAAGAUGCCGAUGAUGCAAGUCAAUUGACCUCCAUGGCCGGAGACGAUGAACGAUCUGAUACAACUGAGGACGGGAACUACGCCCGCAGAUACAGAUCCUCCACCGAGGAACCAUUAAGCAAACGACUACAGAGCUUUUGGACCGCCAGCAGGAGAUCUUAUCAAAAUCCAGAACCACAAGCAUACCCCGAACCAUCAAAGACUGCUGCUCCUCCUCCUCUGCGGCAAUCCACAUCCGACGCCAGAUUAUCAAAGCAGGCUCUACCCAACAGGAAAGUCACACUGCCACGCAGUAUGACAGCAACUCCACGGACACGAUUCAGUCCACCCAAGCCAUCUCUUUUAGAACAACUGGACAUAACCCCAACUCGUCGAACCUCAGGACCUCGACCCCAACCCGGCAAAGAACCAGGAAUCACCAGCACUACCAACCACCACCAGCACCACCAGCGCCACAACUCCGACGACAACCACCUCUUCAACACCAGCCGCGACAGCCUACCACCCCUAACCACCUUCGACAUGACCAACAUCGACGACCUAGACGUCGACGACGAUGACCACGACCCAAUCAACGACCCCUUCGCCCGCCGCAACUCCGUCCAACGCAUCGUCUCAGACGACCCCGACUUCCAACCCACCAAGAGCACCAUCACCAUCGGCACCACCAGCACCAAAAACAAAAAACGAAACCUCGAAUCCGACUACCCGCCCGAAAUUCUGCGCCAAAAAUCCUUCAAGGACCUCCAAUCCGAACCCUUCGACCACACCCCAACCGCACCCGCCAAAUCCACCCCGACCACCACACCAGCCCCCAACCCAGGCCCCAACGCCACCUCGGACGAGAAAAUAGAUUUCUUACUAAAUUCCGAAGACAAAGACCGCCGCGACUUCUUCUCCACGCUCACGAUGAACGAAUGGGAAGAUUACGGCGAUCUCCUAAUUGACCAAUUCAGCGACGCACUUUCCAAGAUGAAAGAUCUCCGCCAUGCAAGACGGAAAACGGCCGCGUUGUUUGAGGCCGAAAUUGCGAGGAGGAAUGAGGUUGUUGAGGAGCAGUCGGCUGAUUUGACGAGGAAGUUGGAGGAGAUGAGGAGUGGAGGGGCGGAGGUGUUGAGGGGGAGGACGCCUUGA